UAAGAUAGUGGAAACUCUAUGCAACCUUGAAAUGUUUUUUCCGCCAUCCUUCUUUGACAUUAUGAUUCAUUUAAUGGUUCAUCUAGUAAGGGAAGCCAAGUUGUGUGGACCAGUUUGGGCGAGAUGGAUGUAUCCAUUUGAAAGAAGUAUGAAGGUGUUGAAAAGUUAUGUGCGUAAUCAUUAUCGUCCUGAAGCUAGUAUGGUUGAAUGUUAUAUAUCGGAAGAGGCAGUAGAAUUUUGCUCAGAAUACAUGAGUGGGGUUGAAGCAAUCGGAAUAAAAAAACCACGAAAUAACUCAGAUGGAGUUGAUAAAGGACUACGAGGGAAUGGAACAGUGACCACCGUGUCUAGGGCAGAAUUAGAUCAAGCUCAAUUAGUUGUGUUGCAAAAUAAUCCUGAGAUUCAAUCAUAUAUAAUUGAUCACAUAGAGUUAUUACGGUCGAUGAUUCCAAACAAGAUUAAAAAUAAACAAAAAUGGGUUAUAGAUGAGCAUAAUAAAACGUUUUGCCAGUGGCUGAAGAAUACAAUUUUGACGAAGUUGGGAGAAAAAAAUCAUGGACUGUCGACUGAGUUGAAGCGCAUAUCUCUUGGAGCAAGCAUUGAUGUAAUAAAGCAUCAAGCUUACAUUGUUGAAGGGAAACGAUUUCAUACUAAGUCAAGAGAUGAUGCUCGGCUGGUUCAAAAUAAUGGAGUAAGUGUAGUCGCAGAAGUUAUGCAUUUUGCCAGUGCAAAAGAUAAUAACCCAAUUUCAGACAACAAUACUGGAGUUAAAACUGACGAACUUGGAUUCAUUCUGGAUGAUUUAAGCAAGAAGGGAAGCAAGAACGAUCCUUUUAUCAUGGCUUCCCAAGCGAAAAAGUGUUUUACAUUCUUGAUCCAGUUAAUGAUAAAUGGUCCAUUGUUUUAUCAGUUGCCGAGCGGAAGUUCUCAGAAAAAGAAGAAUGGCGGAUAA